AUGGGGGGCCCAGCACCUGCGGUGCCAGCGCCAGAUGCCACCUGCACGCUACUGCCGCUGACAUCCUUCCCCAAGAACAAAAUCAAAGUGCUGCUGCUGGAGAACAUCAGCCAUACCGCCAUCGAGCUGUUCGAAUCGGAGUGCUUUCAAAUUGAGACGGCUCCUGGAGCUCUGACAGAGCAGGAGCUGGCAGAGAAGCUGAAGGAUGUGCACGUGCUGGGCAUCCGCAGCAAGAUGCAUGUCACGGAAGAAGCCCUGAAGGCCGCGCGCCGCCUGCUGGCCAUCGGUUGCUUCUGCAUCGGCACCAACCAAGUGGACCUGGAGGCGGCGAACAGGAGAGGCGUGCCGGUGUUCAACGCGCCCUUCAGCAACACGCGCAGCGUGGCAGAGUUAGUCAUCGGCGAGGUGAUCGCGCUGGCGCGCCAGCUGGGCGACCGCAGCGGCGAGCUGCACCGGGGGACGUGGAAAAAAGUGGCCAAGGGGUGCUAUGAAAUCAGGGGGAAAACCCUGGGCAUCGUGGGCUACGGCCACAUUGGCUCACAGGUCGGCGUGUUGGCGGAGAUGCUGGGAAUGAAGGUGGUAUUCUUUGACAUCGCCACAAAGAUGCCAAUGGGGAAUAACAGCGCCGUGGCAACCCUGGAAGAGCUGCUGCAGGCCUCUGAAUUUGUCACGCUGCAUGUGCCGCUGAGUGACGCCACCACGCGCAUGAUCAGCGUCGAGCAGCUCAAGCACAUGAAGAAGGGCAGCUACCUGAUCAACGCCUCAAGGGGGUCGGUGGUGGACUUGGCAGCGCUGGCAGACGCGCUCAGAGAGGGGCAUGUGGCCGGCGCUGCCGUGGACGUGUAUCCGACAGAGCCUGAGAAGAACAGCGACGGCUUCACAACAGAGCUGCAAGGCCUGCCGAAUGUGAUCCUGACACCGCACAUUGGGGGGUCCACGGAGGAAGCACAGGCAGCGAUUGGCCGUGAGGUCGCCACCUCACUCAUCAAAUUUGUCAAUCGGGGCACCUCUGCAGGCGCUGUCAACUUUCCUCAGUUGGACUUCCCGCAGGAUUCCAAGUCGCACCGCAUCCUGAACGUGCACCAAAAUGUCCCCGGCGUGCUCAGAAAUGUCAACAGCAUCAUCAGCGAUCUGGAUGUCAACAUCAAGGCGCAGAUGAACAUGACUGACAGCAACAUCGGCUACCUGGUCAUGGAUCUUGACAAGGCAGUGUCCCACGAGGUGGAAGCUGCACUGCGAGAGCUCCCAACCAGCAUCAAGACUCGUAUCCUGUACUGACAGCUGACCUGAAUUUUGUGCCCUAACCCGUCGCACUUGGGAUUAUCCAUGUUGUUAUGAGCUAGCUAGGAUAGCUGUAGCAGCGCUGGCAGACAGCGUGCAUGCAUUGUGCACGGCUGUGAUACCAGUAGGAAGUGGAAAUUUGCUCUUCAUAGAAAUGUCGCGCAGUCGAGACACCCAAGGCCACGUUAUGGGGGGUCUGUAUUUGCAAGUGGCCUCCAGUGGUGCCAGUAGAGCGCUUUAUUGAAUGACCAACUGACCAAUAUGACUUGCAAGGCAGACUCUGCUUGGUGUUUGAUCAGCAAUGGUGCUGCUUGGGGCCUUCAGGGCGAGCUCUGAGGCAUUUAAUUUGAAAGGAACGAUGGAAUUGGUACCAAGCUGGACCUUGUAUAAAGGUGGCAAGAC